CAAAUUGAAGUGUGGAUUUUAUGUGUAUUUCAAUGAAUAUUAUUUAAUAAUUUUGUGGAUUUAUGGAUCCGUAACAGUUUUGGAUUAACUGAGUGACUUGAAUGGACAGGGACUAGUUCGGAGAGAUGAGUGACCCAUACACCCGUUUCAAGCCACCACCGGAGGCUCCAGUGUUUACUCCGACUGAAGAAGAAUUUGCUGAUCCAUUGGGUUAUAUUGCCAAAAUAAGACCCAUUGCGGAACAGUCGGGAAUAUGUAAAAUUAAACCCCCACCGGAUUGGCAACCUCCAUUUGCAGUAAAUGUGGAAACAUUUAAAUUUACACCAAGGAUCCAAAAAUUAAAUGAAUUAGAGGCAAAAUCUCGGAUUAAAUUAAAUUUUUUGGAUCAAUUAGCUAGAUUCUGGGAACUUCAGGGCUGCUCAUUAAGGAUACCAACAGUAGAAAGAAAAUUAUUGGAUUUAAAUGAUCUCUAUAAGAAUGUUGAAAAUGAAGGUGGUUAUGAUGUGGUCAAUAAUGAAAGAAAAUGGGCCAAGAUAUCAACUAAGUUGGGUUUCCCAACUGGUAAAGGAAUUGGUAGUAUUGUCAGAUCACAUUAUGAAAGAAUACUCUAUCCCUUUCUAUUAUUUAAGAAGGGUGAAACUGUUAGAUUAGGUAAGAAAAAGAAAGAAGAGGAAGAAGAGUAUGAUUAUAAACCAAGAAAAAUGGAGGCAGACUCAACCUCUGGUCAUGGUAGGAAAGCUACAAGAUCAACUAAAGGGGAUCCAGUCAUAGAUUAUAGUGCUAACUCAGAACUAAAGAAACUACAGUUUUUUGGAGCUGGUCCUAAAGCAGCUGUUCCAACAGGUCGGGAAGCCAGGAUUGUUGAGUUUGUGAUAAAAUAUGAUGUUUAUUUUCAGUUUGAUAAAUAUCAUUGUCGUACAUGUGAAAGGGGUGAUGGUGAUGAAUAUAUGUUAUUAUGUGAUGGAUGUGACGAUGCCUUCCAUACCUAUUGUUUAAUACCACCAUUAGCUGAGGUACCUAAAGGAGAUUGGAGAUGUCCUUAUUGUGUUCAACAGGUAUGCAAUAAACCACAAGCACCAUAUGGGUUUGAACAAUCUGAAAGAGAAUAUACAUUACAAUCAUUUGGUGAAAUGGCUGAUCAUUUCAAAUCCAGUUAUUUCAAUAUGCCAGUACAUGUGGUACCACCAGAAGCUGUAGAAAAAGAAUUCUGGAGAUUAGUAAACUGUUUAGAGGAAGAUGUUUGUGUACAAUACGGAGCUGAUAUUCAUGCUCUAGAAAUGGGCAGUGGGUUUCCUACCAAAACUACUGCAGAUCUUUGUCCCGAAGAUGAGGAAUAUGUGAACUCUGGUUGGAAUCUAAAUAAUCUAGCUGUAUUAGAACAAUCAGUAUUAUGUCAUAUUAAUGCUGAUAUCUCUGGCAUGAAGAUACCCUGGUGUUAUGUGGGAAUGUGUUUCUCCAGUUUUUGUUGGCAUAAUGAAGAUCAUUGGAGUUAUUCUAUCAACUAUCUUCAUUGGGGAGAACCUAAAACAUGGUAUGGUGUACCUGGUAGUAAGGCAGAAGAAUUUGAAAUAGCAAUGAAACAUACAGCUCCUGAGUUAUUUGAACAAUCACCUGAUUUAUUACACCAGUUGACAACUAUCAUGAAUCCUAAUAUACUAUCUGAUCAGGGUGUUCCAAUCUGUCGAACUAACCAAAAUGCCGGUGAAUUCAUUAUCACAUUCCCAAGAGCUUAUCAUGCUGGUUUUAAUCAAGGUUAUAAUUUUGCUGAAGCUGUCAAUUUCUGUCCAGCAGAUUGGUUACCUAUAGGUCAACAAUGUAUAGAACAUUAUAGAUCAUUAGGACGACAGUGUGUAUUUUCACAUGAAGAAUUAGUAUGUAAAAUGGCUGCUGACCCAAAUAGUCUGGACCUCAACCUAGCAGCAGCAACACACAAGAAUCUCCUUUCUAUAGUUGAUGAUGAACGAAGAUUACGUAAACACUUACUUGGCAAGGGUAUGCUGAGUGCUGAAAGAGAAGCAUUUGAAUUAUUACCAGAUGAUGAGAGACAGUGUGAUUAUUGUAAAACAACUUGUUUCUUAUCAGCUAUAACAUGUGAUUGUAAACCAAAUAAAGUGGUUUGUUUACAUCAUGUGUCUAAACUAUGUUCCUGCCCAUCAAAUAAACUGACUUUACGCUAUAGAUAUAGUCUAGAUGAACUACCAGCUAUGUUAGAUAGACUUAAAGUUAGGGCUGAAUCUUUUGAUAACUGGAACGUUACCGUUAAAAAUGCUCUAGAGGCGAAAGAAGAUGAUAAGUUGGAAUUAACUGAGUUACGGGAAUUAAUAACAGAGUUUGAAGAGAAACGAUUUCCGGAGAAUGAAUUAUAUCAAACAUUAGUCAUGUCAGUUACAGAAGCCGAGAAAUGUGCAGACGUAGCCAAUCAACUUGUUAGUAAAAAAGUCAGAACUAGAAAUCGCCAGUCUUUAGAUGGUAAAUAUAUAGUCAAACUAACCUAUGAAGAAUUAAGUGGUUUCUAUGAACAGGUUGAAGCUUUACCAUGUAAAAUCAAAGAAACCAAACUUAUCAAAGAGUUACUGAACAAAGUUGAUGAAUUUCAACUGGAAGCCCAGGCUUGUUUGGAAGCUGAAACACCAGAUUCUGAAAAGAUAGAAAAACUUAUUGAAGUUGGGUUAACUUUGGAUGUUGAUUUACAUGAAAUUCCUAAAUUACGUCAGGUAUUAUUACAAGCUAAAUGGUUAGAUAAUGUGAGACUAACAUUACAAGAUCCACCUAGUGUAACUCUAGAUAUAAUGAGAAAGAUGAUAGAAGCUGGAGUUAGCCUAACACCACAUCCUGCUGUAGAGAAAGCUAUGAGUGAACUACAGGAACUACUCACUGUUAGUGAGAGAUGGGAAGAGAAGGCUCGUAUCUGUUUACAAGCUAGACCAAGACAUGUAAUGGUAACAUUAGAAGGUAUAAUUAAUGAAUCUAAAGCUAUACCAGCAUACUUACCCAAUGUUAGUGCUCUGAAAGAAGCUGUAAGGAAAGCUAGAGAGUGGACAAACAGAGUAGACUAUAUUCAGAACGCAGAUUCCCACCCGUAUGUUGAUGUAUUAGAAAGUUUAGUUAAUAAAGGAAGACCUAUACCAGUCAGAUUAGAUAUAUUACCACAAAUAGAGGCACAGGUUACUACUGCUAAAUCAUGGCGUGAACGUACUGCUAGAACAUUCCUUAAGAAAAAUUCAACUUAUACAUUGCUAGAGGUAAGCGGAUAUUUCCUGAAUUCUUUUUGA